UGCGUAUAAAAUACGGCAAGGAGAUAAUCACUCCCGCAACCAGCAUUCUAUUGUUGAUUAUACCGCCAGUUGCCAUGGUAGCCAAAGGAAGCCCUAUCCCUGGUUCGGGUGCGCAUGACUGUAGAUGGGCAGAGGGGAAGAAGAAUCUGUGCUAGGCCUGGCAGAUGUGUUCUCAAUCUCGUGGGAUUUACCAUAUGGUGAUUGAAACCAAGGAAGCGAGGAGUGGUUGGCGAUUCUGAAGAGAAUAUUGAUCGAUAUGGGCUCGGCUUGGUGAUCUAAGAUUCCUUUUGAAAGGGACGGCAAGGUGCCACCACAAAUACCGAAAUUAGUCAAGAUGGGAAAAGGGGGCAGUUUUUAUCAAGAGCACUCACGCCGUCAUCAUGGAUAGACUGUUGAAAAAUUCGGGGCGGCGAGUCACACCGCCUUCCAAGAAAGUUGGAGCAUCUAACAUUGAAUCGUUACAUAGCGGAUGCGUGGACGGGGACAAUGAGAAAAUCAAACGUCUCAUACAAGAAGGUGUUCCUGUUCACACAAAGGAAUACUACUCAAACUUUAGAGAGACUCCGUUGCAUACAGCCACACGGAAUAACCGGAAGAUAAUUGUGGACACAUUGCUUUCGCAUGGGGCAAGGAUAGAUGCUACUGACAGCAAGGGUGAUAGCCCGCUACACUUCGCCUGUAUCAACGCCAAUAUGGAACUUGUAGAAAUGCUGAUAGGUCAAGGAGCAAGUGUCAAUUUCACUAACAAUGCGCGCAUCAUGCCUAUACACGAGGCUUGCAAGUCUGGUGAUACGGCAAUAGUGAAGUUGCUCAUAGCGAACGGUGCCAUUGUGAAUGUCGUAUCGAAUCACAAUAUAACACCGCUGUACGUGGCUUAUGAACACCACAAAAAGGAGUUGUUAGAAAUGCUCAUGAAAGUUGGUGCCAGUGAUUUCCUUCUGCCCCAGCUUCAUCUGUUCUGUUUCUUGGGCAAGUGUGAGAAAGUGAGUCGGCUGUUGUCGGUGGGGACUGAGGUGAAUAGCAAGGACAAGAAUGGCAAUACAGCACUCCAUGUGUGUUGUCGGGAGGGGUUUCUAGAGAUUGCGGAAAAGUGCCUUCAGAUGGGGGCGAAUCCAAAUGCAAAGGAUAACCGCGGCAUGACCCCGCUCCACCAUGCCACAGCUGAAGGUCACACGGAGAUCGUGAAUCUGUUGACAAUGUUUAAUACUAAAGUGAACAUCGUGGACAGUUGCGGCAACACUGCGGUUCAUAUUGCCUGUCAGAAAGGACAUUGUGGUAUACUGAAGGUAUUGCUUCAGGCUGGAGUCAAAUGUAACAUUAAGAAUGGCGUGGGGAAGACCGCUCUUCAUGAUGCCUUCACCAGUGAGAUGACUGGCUUGCUAAUCGAGGCUGGGGCUGAAAUGAAUAUUCAAGACAACGACAGCUACACACCACUUCACAUUGCCUGCAUGCGGGGCGAUAUCGAGAGUGUCCAGGUUCUUUUAGAGAACGGAGCCAAGAUCGACCUCCAUUCCAAGCCCUGGCCAGGCUACAUGGACUCAAUCGUGAAUACGCACCAGGAAUUUAACCUUCAAAAUUUGCGGAAGACCUUGGGUUGCACUCCACUCUACUUGGCUUCGUUCUACGGUUUCAAAGACAUAGUCGAAGCGUUGCUUCAGUAUGGCGCGGGUGUUGACAUAAGGAACACCUAUAGCAAGCUGACAGCACUGCACAUCGCGGCAGUGACCGGCAACGUUGAGAUUCUCGAAUUACUCGUGAAACAUAACAUUGAUGUUGAUGCGGAGAGUCAAGAGGGGGAAACCGCGUUGAUAGCAGUCCUGAAGCGCUACAUGAACCCAAAACAGUAUCGGGAUCUGGACACGGAUAAGGUCUUCAAGAUUAGCCACAUCCUUGCCGAGGCCGGCUGCAAGGUUGGGAUACUACGAAACGCCGAAUUAUUCAACGCAUUGUACCAGAGGGAGGCAUGUCGCGGCGACUUCAGGGUGACGAAGCUGAUUCUAAAAGCUGGGUGUGGAAUGCAGCGCUACGUCCACCCUCAGAUCCUCCGGGAGCUCGUCAUCACUCACGACAUCGGUAUGAUCAGAUUAGUCGCGCUAUGUUGUUAUAAAUACGACGACGACGCCAUGGCCUUAGCGUGCGCGGAAACGGACAACGGGACGGAAUUGCUCCCGGAGUGUCAGAAAAUCUUCUUCCAGCAAGCGACUCUGCUGAACCGCUGCAGGGCUGUCAUUCGGCGCGAGUUGGCCGUCACCCGCUCUGAUGUCGCAAGUCAGCAUGGUGCCAUCCAAGCCUUCAGUAAAUUCAAAGACUUUGUGAAACGAAAGAUGUCUGUUGUGCAGCGCAGCCAAGACAACGGCUUGGCAAUGGCUGUGAAUCAGAUGAUGGAGUUGUCACAAGAGGACCCGAGGGCCGUUGCAAGCUUCCAAAUUGACAAUCUACCAUUACCUGAGCGCCUGCGUGAUUUUGUUGCCAUGAAGACGGAGACCUUACAGGAGAAAGAUCGUAAGAUGUCACCGUAUCCAGUGAGCCCUGUAUCGAAAUAACCACAGAGAGGCAAUGACUGUUUAUAUAAUAGUACUGCUGCUGAACCGGUCGGCAUGUGAUGUGAUGUGGUUUAUGAUGGCCUUGAGUAUUGUACAUUAUAGUGUAUGUCCGUUGGUUGCAAAACGGAAGAAUGUGAUAUCGAGAAAAGCUUUCUUGAGCUUUGAGUAGGUAGUCUAACUGAACAUUUUGAUAGUGAAACGUACUAAUAGGUAGAACUAGAAUGCGGCAGGGAUCAUCAAACUUAGUGCUGCGUUUUUGUGUGUGUAAAAAUGGUAGCCAGUAGCAAUUAUCGUGUUUCUGAGCUACUAAUUUGAGAACUAGGACCAGGAACCAUAUUUAUGAAUAUCGAAUCGACUCAGCCAUAUCAAGGGAACUGAGUUGCAAAUUAUCUGUAGAAACGUACACGGAUGCUUCGGUCCUUUUUGUUGGGAAAUGGUGAGAUAAGGGCUGUUAAAAUGGAUUAUCAGUAUACUGUCCGCGUGACUUUCAUUUGAUGUCGUUGUGCUGAGUAAGCAUACAUGUAGACCUUAUAGAUACACACAUUGAACAUGACAGAAGAGAAAAAGGAAGUAGGACCAACGGAAGAUUCAUUAGGUUUGAGUCCUCAAAGUUAUCGGGCAUGUCAGGCAUAUUCGUUGAGCAGAAUACACACUGCAAUCGUUAAAAGAAUCUUCUUCUGGUUUUUCUUGAAUUCCUUGCAUUGAGUUCAGGGUUUUGAGUUGCUGUUGAACAAGGAUAAGAUGAUGCAGAUCAUCACUUAUUGAGCUUAAAAUUCAAAACUACAUUAACUCAAGUAUUUCGAACGUACUGUUAACCUUAUCGAGUACGCCACUAUCUUGAGGGCGACAUGCAGCUUGGAUACGCGGAAUGAGGUGGAUCACGAGAACUUGGUCUGCAGGCACGUACGAUUGGCAUGUACCGGGCAAGAGUCCUCCAUGAGCUCUUGUUCCGAUAUACCAUUAUAGCGACCAUAUAGGGAUAGUUCUUGCCUCAAACGCCAUUACAGGAUUUCUGGCAUUAAGUAGCAAAGCCGAUAAUGUAAUUCCGUAACGCACGUCGCGCUGCUUUAACUUUAGAAUGAAAUCAGUAAGCCACGAUAGGGUUUGGGAGAAAUGUUACUUGGGUUGGCAAGAUAUCGCCCGUGUUUUAAAAGGACAUAAAGUGCGGUAUUUGGUUGCAUUUAUCAUGAAUAUGUUUGCGGAGUAAUGCCAUUUGUGUUGGUACGUUAGACAUCGCUCGACAAUCUUCUGUUAGCUUUUACAUGGUUUGGUGCGGGCUAAUGCUUGGAGCAUAUUAAAGAAGUAAAUGUCUGCCAGAUCUUGACGCAGAGAGGUCUUUAAAAUCCUACAUAAAUUUUGUGUUGCUGUCAGUGGCAUUGUAUCAUUAUACACAAUGCCGCAAAGCAAAUUGUUCGAUUUUUCAUCAGUGAAGACCUAUCUGCUCUAGGAUUUCGAAGACAUUUACCUCUGUGUGCUACAAGUUUUGCCAUCAAAUGAGUUUCAAACAUGUAUAUUCUCUGUGGAAUAUCUAAAAUUGUCUGUACUUCUAGUUGUGCUGAUACCAACUUCAAUAUGCUCAAAAUGCGAACUGACAUCUGUGGUUAUAUGCCACAACCAAAGCAUUACUAUACACGUAAAAAGAAAUUCAUUCAAUGUCAUGAGUUCCCGCGAGCGUGUCAAAUCAGUUGAUCAUACAUAAGUUGGGCCGAGUGAUUUCUGGUAACAAUAGACCUGCCUGAAUCUAUUGUGGCAGGUGCAAUUAACCCAGGCCCCCUAAAUUCGUUUCAGAAAGGAUUUGGACGAGUUUAUUGUGGCCCCUAACCGGAAUAUCAUUGACAUUCGAUUUGGCGUGUAAUACUAUUCGAGAAGUGUUUUUUUAAAGUUCUACCGCGGGCUAGUAGAAUUGGUGUUGUAUGCGAGUCUGAGGAAUGACUGCCCAGAAGAAAUUCCGUGUGUGAGUGAGGAAAUUGAAAAUUGGUUGCUCUCCUCUGCGAAGAAUAAUCGUCGCAGCCCGAACUAGAUACUACAUGAAGUCGUCAAGAUCUUGAAAAGUGGACUUUGCAAACAUGCUAAAGGAAGCCAAUUUUAUCACGAAAUCAAUGUAAGAGAUACCGGCAUUGGAAAGUGAACUUCUUGUUCCCAAAUUUCCAAUUUAGUUCAUUCAUGUAGGAUAUUCUCAACCUGUAUAGCAUCGAUCAGUAUGUACGAGUGAAUGUGACAAAUGAGGAUGGAGUGUGUAUGCAAGUAGCCACUGAUCAUUUGAAAAUUUGGUUUAAGGGUUGACCAUAUAGCACCACCAUUUUGGCUAGAACUUGAAAACCUUGAUGAAUGAAGAGGUGUAAAUACAUGUACAUGUAGGCUUAUAUACCUCUUAUCGGAAAUCCAUAUCAAUUAUGAUUUCAAAUGGGGAACUCAGAAGAAUUUCAGCCUUUAGAAGUACAUGUAGACAUCUCUUGUAAAUUCCCGUUACCCGGAGAAUGUGCCAAAACUUCAGUACGAUAUUUGUGUGUCCUAUUCCAUCUGUAAAUGUAUAACUAAUUGUAAAUUGAAAUGAACAAUCAUUUUAUUAGUGAAUAAAGGUGAUGGUGUAAAAUCCCAUUUAGUAUUGUAUAUACAUGUACAGUGUACACUGGAACGAUUCAAGGGGAAAGCGAACUCGGGAAAAACAAGGAGCGCUUCUCUGCGUUCUAUUCACCGGUGACAUCUGAUAUACUGCAGCCAGAGUCUUUCAAUAAUCUUCAUUGAAGGACUCUGCUACAGCAAAGUGUUUCUGGUAGAUCUAUAUUUUAAACAAGACUAUUGAUGGAUCUCUUGAAAUGUUCCAGUUCAUGCAUGUACACAGUGUAUGAUGCGUGUAGACAAUAUUCAUUCGCACCUCCAGUACUGGAGAGCGGCUUUCGCUGUGCCGCCACCUGUGGUGAAAUAAGGCUACUUUCAUCAUUCCCGAGUUUGUGAAUAGAGAAAUAUUACAGGAGCUAGCUUUCGCCCAUUUUACCUUUACUGUUUUCGAAGUAAACCGUUACCAGCCUUAGAGACUAUACCUCAGCUCUUCUGCUGAACAAAAUACUGAUGUUGCCAUAGGUUCGUGUUAAUUUUUCAUGUUCAAAAUGAAAAGGAAAUAUUUUCCUAAAAAACAAGCUUUUAGGAGAAGAUUUCUUGAUUUCUCGAUUGCUAAGGCCACAGUUUCCUUUCCUAGACCUCAGAAAUAGGUAACCUCAGUGGGGGCCGAAACUUCGCCAUUUGAAUUUGUGUGUAGAGGUCUUGUUAAAAUACUAGUAAACGCUUGGGCCGAGGGUUUCGAAUUAGGGGAUAUUCGUAUCAGUCCUGGUAAAAAUGGGUUCAUUUAUGUAUAACAUGAUGCGUGUCAUGGUUGGAAAUUCCAGACACAAGUAGUAUGUCAUACAGUGCUGUGAUUGUGGUGGAAAUGGGUAUCUAUUGUAUAAAUAAAUAUCUGAACGUAACACUGUUAAUUUGUUGCUGAUGACACUGCGUGUUGCUCAGAUGAAUAUGUUAGUGAUGUGAUGACAGUUCGUGUAUUGGCUGAGAGUAACACACGAGUUAUCAUGCUUGCUUUACACGAACGAGAUCGAGGUUGCU